CAAACUGGCAAUCACGAAAAUUCAAAACGACAGCCGUAACAAAGGAGCGAUGACCUAGAAGGUUUUCAUAUUAUACAAAGUCAUAUGGUGAUUUCAACCAGGUUUUCUUCUAGAAACCUUUUUCCAACUUAGUGGAUUUUUCUGAAGAAAGGAUUAUAUUUUUUAAGUGGAUUUAUCAGUGAAUAUUGUACACAUCACAAUCGGAUUUUGAUAGAAUAAGUGGGGGUUUCUUUUUCAGUAAUUUGUUUCAGGUGCUGGAAAACACUUUUAUACACCAUUCUAUUUUAAGUUGAUGGAUGUCCAAUACUACACUCUUUUCUUUGACGGUUGACGAUUGAUUCGAGUUUAAAUCUAGCAAUUAAAAUGGGGACGCCUAAUUGGGCGACCUAUUUUGAUGGAAUCGAACCCGACUACCCAGGAAGACCAAGGGAAGAUAAACAUUAUGGUUACUGCCCCCAGCAAACACAAGACACUCGAAAAAGAAAGCAAGGAAUGGUAUUUCCAGAGGACACAUUUAAUCUACAAGACCUACAAAACAUUCCAACAGCAACUGGAAGAUCAACUUCCGGUUCUUGGAGAAGUACUUCCGGUUCGCACCCGCCAUGUUCUCCUCCCAUGAGUCCCUCUUACACUUCCUCCUCAGUGGUCAGUGACGCUCAGUACGUUCCCCCAGUGUCCGCAAACAAGGGGCGGGCUUUACCCCCGAUACCCGUGGAAGUGGAUGGCUGUGUACAUUCGGGGAGUGUUCGAUCGUGUAGUGAUCGCUCACAACCCAAUUCGCCAUUACAUUUAAAACUGUCUCCAACUUACAGUAAUCGAGAAUUGCCUCUUAUUCCAGUAGAACAUAGAAAGAAUAUCCACAACGAAUCAAGAUCAAAAAGGAAACAGCAUCAUGGAGAAAAAAAUUCGAGACGGUCCCGGAAAAAACCCGGAGAACACGAUCCAGAAACUUCACUGGUAUUAACUGUUUCCAUAAGGAAUGGAAAACAUACAAAGAACAUUCAACAUUCUAAAAUGCUAAAUAACAAUAUUGAAAACGGGUUCACUUCGACGUUGCACGUCAAAAAACCCUUGGAAAGUACUUUAAGUCGAGAACGUGCCGCGAAGGAAGCUGACAAAAUAACUGUUCCUCUGCGCUCCAGUGUGCGCAUGAGUCGGAAACGAUGUCUCAUUCCCAUGGUUAUCAUUACGAUUUUGAUUUUGGCGGGAUUAUUAUCUGCUAUUACUUUCAUCUUACUAAGACCAUUACAAGAAGAUUCAUCAUCAUCUGAAGAAAAAGACAGUUUAGUUAUGAUUUUAGCAAUCACGCACAUGCGUAUUCUCAACAAAAAGUUUGUCUCAGAGAUGUCAAAUUCAUCAAGCCCAAUGUUUUUACAGUUCAGCAGCGCUUUUGAAGAUGAUAUCAAUAAUCUCGUCCUCAGAAGCAACAUAAGUAGAUAUUUUUACGGCACAAGCGUGAAUGCGCUAAGAAACGGUAGCAUAUAUACCUACAGUGAUCUUUCUUUCCAAGACGAGGAACAUCUACGCGAUCCGUCCAUUAUUCAGAACACCCUUCGGGACACCUCAGUCCCUUUUACUUACAACAAUAUGAAAGCCAUUCGUAUCGGUGACAACAUUGUCGAUUACGACAGUAUUCAUGUCGAUUUGUCAUUUGUCAACGUCGACAAGUUUCCAGAAAAACCGAAGCUAAAAGAGCUAAGACGAUUUAUAGAGGAAGUGAGAGAAGCAAAUACUCCCAAAGCAGCUAUUCCAAAAACAACAGAGAAACCUAGAAAGAUACAGAGAAUUAUUCCUGAGUUUAGUAGGAAAGAACCACUUGUCCCGGUGAAAGUAAGCGAGGAGACGCCAUCUGUUGUCGAGAACGAAGAACCAGAAAUUAUCAAAUCUGAUCCAGAAACAACAACUGUCCCAACUAACAAAGCAAAUGAAAUGGAAGAGAAAACAACUGCAAUGCCAUUUGAAGAAGGAACAACUGCAUUUAUGUCGAAGUCAACGACAACCGCAGUAGACCAAACUACAGAAAUUAAGGGUUUUACAACAUCUUCAUCAGUAACAACAUCGUUGUUAGAAACAACAUCAAAAACAACAAUAUCAGAGACAACAACAUCAAAAACAACAAUAUCAGAGACAACAAGAACAACAACAACGGGAACCAGCAUUAAAGGAAAUAUAGAUAUUCAAUCAACAGAGCGAGAAAAAGAAUUAUUACCGACCCCCUCAACAUCAAAAACUCCAUUAUCAACACCAUAUGUGAAAGUUACAGCUGAAACAAAAGAGAUAGGAACGAAAGGUGACCAGAAUGCCACGGUUACGUGUACCUUUGGUAAUCUCGACGACUGGAAAUUCCUCAUCAUUCGAAAUAUGCCAUACAAGGGAAAACCUUACCUCGUUAUGAAUUUAACGUCUGAUGAAAUGAUCAAGAUCCCUCCCAAUAUAAAAGACAGGCUUUACUUGAACCUUGAUGUCAAUAGUGCUUCCGGUACCAUCCGUAUCAGUUUCCUGUUGCAGUGUGGAGAUCUGGGAAGAUACGAAUGCAAAGUUCACAAGGGAGAUUACUCGUAUAUAGGUGGCGGUGAAUUAAAACUGUUGCCUUCAAAACCUAAAGUUACCUUGCCUAUGGAGAUCAUUGAAGGCAAAGCUUUACAAGAGCCCUUAUUAUGUACCAUCAAUGUAGGAUUUCCAUCAGUAAAAUCAGAAUUUGAAUGGCUGUUCAAAGCACAGGGAAUGGAUUCAUUCCAAAGAAUAGGGAAUACCGAUAAUAGCCCAAAGAGAAGUGGCGUCUGUGGACAAAUCAAAACAAUACGACUUGAACUGAAGGAACCUCCAAUCGUCAACGAUGUAAAAGUGAAGUGUGUUGUCAAGCAGACCAAUACUGGGCUUUCCUCUGUAGCACUGGAAGAUGUUGCAACCAUUGAGAUUGUUCCUAGGAGUCUCUGUGCUGGCAUUGGUGAUAAUACCCUUCUUAAACAUCCCUACACAUGUGACAAAUAUAUACAGUGUACCAAAACAAACAUGCAGGUCAAGCAAUGUCCAGACAAUCUGUGCUUCGAUCCAACAAGCCAAAGAUGUGGACAAACAGGCCUUGAAAUGACAUCAGCAGAUGCUUACUUGAACGAAGGCGUGACCUUACUAUCCUGUCGUCUGCUUCAUGUCGGUGCAUGGACGUCGAUUUCCAUUUACAAACAUGCCUCCAAUGGAAACACUUCUAGAAUACUUAUCGCCUAUAACGAUUCAGCCAAUCCUGAAGUGGAGAAGGAGGUCAGCCAUCGCUUCAGAGCCACCAUUGAUAAACCUUCCAAGUAUGAGGUCAAUAUCACUCUUUGGGUCUAUUCCUUGGAGUGCGGGGAUGAGGGUCAAUUUUCCUGCACGGCCGUUGUACCAUUUGCUGUACCUGAAGCAUUUGGCAGACUUAAUAUUAAAGCUAAACCUGAUGUUCCGACGAUUACGAUACCUACUGAAAUAAUCGACAGCCGAGAACCAAGGGAGUGGUUCAAAUGUGAAGGAAACGUGGGGUACCCCAAAGGAAAAAUGUACUGGGAAAUCAGACUGAGAGGAAGUGCUGAAUUUACCAGUCAGAUUCCAUUCCAAAACAAACCUGACCAUGAAAAUACAACAGACUGUAAAUCCUUCGUCACGAACGAAUUCCGCUUCACACCGAAUAGAAAACAUGACGGAAUGGAGGUGAGGUGUGUUGUGGAAAAUAAAGACACGAUGCCCAAUGGUAGAAAACUUUAUACUACAAAAGAAAUUCAUGUCAUUCCAGCUAACUUCUGUGCAGGCGUAUCACGUGACAAGCGUGCGCAUCCUAACAACUGUUAUCAGUAUAUACAGUGUCAUGAUGGCUACACAUACGUACAGAGAUGUAGUAUAGGUCUGUGUUUUAAUCCAGAAACUCAAGAAUGUGAUAUCAGGCAGGAAAAGGAAGUUGACGUGAUAGAUCCAGAAUUCCCUUGCAAACCAAACAGGAAUGGGGUAUAUUUCCCCCACGAAUCAAUCUGCAACAAAUAUAUAUGGUGCGUCCAAGGUCAAGAGGUCAUACAGCACUGCCCUUUGGGGACACAGUAUUUCAAGGAUGGUCAAUGUACUUUUGAAGAGGACAAAUUUCAUUGCAGUACCAAUUCUACCUCUGCAUAAGAAAUAAUCAUCCAAAGUGAUUACAAACUGAUAAUAGACGGCUCUGAAACCUCUGGUUACUUCCAAGUGUGCUAGAUGGUUUACUGCAGGCGAUUGGUAAUUUGACAUGCUUGAUAAUUGACAUAAUGAGACAGAUUCGAGAAAGAAUUUUAAGGUUGCAAUCUGGAUUCAAUUUUAUUUGGAAAAUGUAAGUGUUUUGUAUUUCCUCACCAGAAGAAAGCAUGUAGAUUGAAAGUGAAAAAACCCACAUAACGAGACCUUUGUCAAGUUUUCGCUGUAAAAAAAAAAAUCACUCUUGCAUAAAUGAUGUUGUCAUUGUUUCUUAAGUAUUUAACAUUUUUUCUUCUAAUUAUGCUAUCAUUUGGGGAGGAAACUGAACAAAAAGAGUUGUUGUGUAAGCAUUGAAUUUCCAGAUUUCGCAUUGAAGUAUUCAGAAUGCCAUGCACGAUUGUUUUGCUGCACAGAUAUAAGCAAUUCAAAUGGACACCAUAAUUGCAUAUGUUUAACAAAUGCUUACUUUCUAGGCAUUUUUUCAUGUACAUAUUUUGUGUAACAUAUAACAUGUACAUGUAUAAUGCGUUAUUUGGUGCAUUAAUUAUCUACAAAUAAUCUACAAAGAUGCCCUUGAUUAUUUCUGAUUAAACAGUGUUAUACUUUUUUUUCAAGAUAUUGAAUUGUUGGUGAUCUAUUUAUCGUAUGUUGUUGAAUUAAGUUCGAUGUAUAGUGAAAUGUCAUGUUCAUUGUAAAUUAUUGAUGUUAUAUAUAUCAUUUAAAUACAUUCCUAGAUUAACUU